AUGAAGGGAGGCAAAACUGUUGUUGUAGAACCUCAUCGUUUACCUGGAGUAUUUGUUGCAAGGGGUAAAGAAGAUGCUCUCGUCACUCUAAAUAUGGUACCAGGUGUCGCAGUGUAUGGUGAAAAAAGAAUAGUUGUCGAAAAUGAAGGUGAUAAAAUUGAAUACAGAGUUUGGAAUCCUUUUCGUUCAAAAUUAGCUGCUGCUAUAUUAGGUGGCAUUGAUCAAAUUCACAUGCCUCCAGGCAGUAAGGUGUUAUACCUUGGAGCUGCUUCAGGGACAACUGUUUCACAUGUCUCAGAUAUUGUUGGACCUCAAGGUUUGGUUUAUGCAGUAGAAUUUUCACACAGAUCAGGAAGAGAUUUAUUAAAUGUAGCUAAAAAAAGGACAAAUAUAAUUCCAAUAUUAGAAGAUGCUAGACAUCCUCAUAAAUACAGGAUGUUAGUCGGUAUGGUAGAUUGUGUAUUUGCAGAUGUAGCACAGCCUGAUCAAGCUAGAAUUGUGGCAUUAAAUUCACAAUAUUUUUUGAAAAAUGGGGGACACUUUGUUAUUUCCAUUAAGGCAAGUUGUAUAGACUCAACUGCUCAACCAGAAGCUGUUUUUGCCUCAGAAGUAAAGAGAUUACAGGCUGAUAAAUUAAAGCCCAUAGAGCAAAUAACGCUAGAGCCAUAUGAAAGAGACCAUGCUGUUGUAGUAGGAAUAUUCAGGCCCCCGCCCAAAAAAUAA